CUUGAGCCUCGUUUCUGCUUUUCUGAAUUUGCUUAGGCCGCGAGAAUCGGAGCAGGAUGCGAAAACAACUGGACCCAAGGAUCCCCAUCCUAAUUAACAAUAAUGUCAAGAAAAACCACAGAUCGUUCAUCGUCCUUGUUGGUGACAAGGGAAGGGACCAGGUUGUGAAUCUGCACUUCCUGUUAUCCCAAGCCCGGGUAUCCGCCCGUCCGUCCGUACUGUGGUGUUAUAAGAAAGACCUCGGGUUUACCAGUCAUCGCAAAAAGCGGGAAGCCAAAAUCAAGCGAGAUGUUAAACGCGGAGUCCGCGAGCCAAACGAGCAGAACCCGUUCGAGAUCUUCAUCACGGUUACCGACAUCCGAUAUACGUACUACAAAGAAUCCCACAAAAUCCUCGGAAACACGUAUGGCAUGUGCGUCCUCCAAGACUUCGAGGCUAUCACGCCCAACUUGCUUGCGCGGACGAUAGAGACGGUGGAGGGCGGCGGGUUGGUAGUGUUGUUGCUUAAGACUAUGACGUCUCUGAGGCAAUUGUAUACUAUGGCCAUGGACGUCCACGCGCGGUACCGCACCUCCUCGCACGACACCGUCAUCGCGCGCUUCAACGAGCGCUUCAUCCUCUCCCUCGGCUCCUGCGACGACUGCCUCGUGCUUGACGACGAGCUCAACGUCCUCCCCAUCUCGCGCGGCAAGGACAUCCAGCCGCUCGAGGACGACCGCGGGAAGGGCGCCGCGGACAAGGAGAGCGCGGAGCUGAAGGAGCUGAAGAAGGAGAUGGCGGACGUGAAGCCCGCGGGCGAGCUCGUGAAGCUCGCGAAGACGAUCGACCAGGCGAAGGCGGUGCUCACGUUCGUCGAUGCCAUUGCGGAGAAGACUCUGAGUUCCACGGUGACGCUCACGGCGUCUCGCGGACGUGGAAAGUCUGCGGCGCUGGGUCUGGCGAUUGCAGGCGCGUUGGCUCAUGGGUAUAGUAAUAUCUUCGUGACUAGUCCCAGCCCGGAGAACUUGAAGACCGUGUUCGACUUUGUGUUCAAGGGUAUGGACGAGCUUGGGUUCGAGGAGCACCUGGACUAUGAUAUUGUCCAGAGUACGAAUCCCGACUUCAACAAGGCGAUCGUGAGGGUGAACGUGUUCAAGGGGCAUCGGCAAACGAUUCAGUACAUCCAACCACAAGAUGCGCACGUCCUCGGCCAGGCGGAGCUAGUCGUCAUCGACGAAGCAGCUGCCAUCCCGCUUCCCCUCGUCCGGAACCUCAUCGGCCCGUACCUCGUGUUCAUGUCAUCUACCAUCAAUGGCUACGAAGGCACCGGACGCUCCCUCUCCCUCAAGCUUAUUCAGCAGCUCCGCGAGUCUACGCGACCGUCGCUUACGAAGGACGCGCAGCUGAACGAGGACGAGACUGGGGUGGCUGCGUCGAGCUCGAAAAAGGCCGCCGUCAAGGCUCCCCCGAAGGCGCGUAAGCUCGUGGAGAUCAAGCUCGAGACACCCAUCCGGUACGCACCGGGGGAUAAGGUGGAGAAAUGGCUGAACUCGCUGCUGUGCUUGGAUGCGACGAUCGUGCCGAAAGCCAUCGCACAGGGCACACCGCACCCUAGCAAGUGCGAGCUGUUCUAUGUCUCGCGGGAUACGCUGUUCAGUUACCACCCGGCGUCGGAGGUGUUCUUGCAGCGCAUGAUGGCGCUGUACGUCGCGUCGCACUAUAAGAAUCAGCCGAACGAUCUGCAGCUCAUGUCGGACGCGCCGGCGCACCACCUGUUUGUGCUGCUGCCGCCGAUCAAGGACGACGAGACGCAUUUGCCGGAGCCGUUGGUGGUACUCCAAGUAGCCCUCGAAGGGAAUAUCAGUAGGCAGGCGAUUUUGGAUGGCUUGAACAGAGGGUUGAGGGCGGGCGGGGAUAUGAUACCCUGGCUCGUCAGUCAACAGUACCAGGAGGGGCGGUUCGGUAUGUUGAGCGGAGCGAGAAUCGUCAGGAUUGCGACGCAUCCGGACUAUGCGAAUAUGGGCUACGGCGCGCGUGCUCUACAGGCGCUGAACUCGUAUUACAGCGGCGAGUAUUUCAACCUGAGCGAGAGCGUGGAGGAGGAACCGUCCUAUCCCAACCCGGCCGCCGUCGAGGAGGGAACAUCACUACUAACCGACAAACCGUCGAUCCGCUCGCCAACCCAAAUGCCGCCCCUCCUCCAGCGCCUGACCGAACGUAAACCCGAAAAACUAGACUACCUGGGCGUGUCGUACGGGCUGACGCCGCAGCUCCUGCGGUUCUGGAAACGCGCGGGGUACAUCCCUCUGUACAUCCGGCAGACACAGAGCGAGCUGACCGGGGAGCAUACGUGCGUGAUGGUGAGGGGACUGAACAGCUCCGCAGACGACGAGCUAGGGUGGUUGGGCGAGUUUGCCAAGGAUUUCAGAAGACGGUUCUUGACGCUGCUGUCGUACAAGUUCCGGGAGUUUGGGGCGGUGAUGGCGCUGAGCGUGCUGGAAGGUGCGAAUGCAGGCGUUAAAUAUGCCGAGGAGCAGUCUCGACCAUUGACGUCCACCGAGCUGUCCUUCCUGUUCUCGCCGUUUGACCUCAAGCGGUUGGAGUCGUACGCAAAUAACAUGCUGGACUACCACGUUAUCCUGGAUUUGCUACCGACGGUGGCUCAACUGUAUUUCGAGAAGCGGCUGGGCAAAGCGCCUGGAGAAGGAGGGGAUGGCGAAGAGGAGGUGCGGCUGAGCGCGGUCCAGAGCUCGAUCUUGGUCGCACUGGGGUCGCAGCGGAAGACCGUUGAGGAGGUCGAGAGUGAGCUGCAGCUCCCAGUGUCGCAGACGCUAGCACUGUUUGUCAAGCUCAUCCGGAAGAUCUCCAAGCGGCUCGUGCACAUCCAAAAAGCGGCGAUAAGCGCCGAGUUGCCGCCCCCGCCCCAAUCGCGCACGAGAGACGUGGACAUGGCCGACGGGGAGAGGCAGUGGAAGCCCGUGCAGCAGCGGCUGGAGGACGAGCUCCAGGAGGCCGGGAACGAGGAAGUUAGAAAGAUGAAGGAGAAGCAGCGGGAGCUGAUCGACAGCCUUGAUCUGAGCAAGUACGCGAUUAAUGAUUCGGCUGUGGAUUGGUCGGUCGCGGAGCAGCAGAUCGCGGGCGCGGGCGGGAAGCAGGGAAAGUCGACGGUCGUUAGCGUCAAGAGCACGACGUUGGGAGGGGCUGGAGGGGUGAAGAGGAAGGCGGGGGAGGAAGAGGCGGGUGCCAAGGAGGGCAAGAAGAAAACCCGGCGUGCUAUGAAGAAAGGGGGUAAGUAGUGAGAUACUUGCCCUCGAUCUGCCGUGUAUAUCCUCGUAUGAGGCGCUUGGGAUGAUCUAUCACUCUUUCAUCGCCUCGUUAGAGUACUUGCUACAAACAGAUAACGGUUUACCUUGA